CAGCUCUCCCGCCCUUCAAGAGGCAAGCAGGAAAUUGCUCUUUUCUCCCGGAUUACUGACACGUCCAAAGUUACUAAAAGGCAUCGUCAUGAGCUCAGUCAGGCCAUCAGUUUCAACCGUUGAUGAGCAGCUUGAUCCCGAGGAAGAGAAACGGUUGGCUGCAGCUGCACGUGAAGCUAACCGUCUCCCAGAGCUCCGGCUGAUCCUGCUGGGUUGGCGAUGGCCAGGUAAAAGCCUAACCGGCAACACUAUUCUGGGCCGCGAAGAGUUUCGUCUGGAACGUGCCGCUGAAUUCUGUGUAAAGCGCGACACUGAGGUGGAUCGACGCAAAGUAACAGUGGUCGACACUCCUGGCUGGUUCUCAGCCCAGACCACACCAAUGGACUACCAGCAGGAGAUGGUCCGAAGCGUUACUAUGUGCCAACCUGGUCCCCAUGCAUUCCUGCUGGUCAUACCUGUGGGCAUGUUUACAGAAACAGACCGGGCUCGUAUAGAGGAGAACUUAGCACUUUUUGGGGAGGAUGUGUGGAAGCACACCAUGGUGGUGUUCACCUGGGCGGAGGUUUUAAAGGACAGGUCUAUAGAAAGACACAUACGAAGGGAAGGUCGUGACCUUCAGUGGGUGGUGGACAAGUGUAAGAAGAGGUACCAUGUCAUUAAUAAUUAUAUUUUUGGCGAGCACCCACAGCUGCCUCAGCUGAUGGAGAAGGUUGAGAAGAUUGUAGCUGAAGAAGGUGGUUGCUUUACCCUUAAGACAGAUGAAACCAAAACACAAAGUCAAACUCAGAGUCCGAAACUGAACACCAGUUCACUGAAAGAGAACAGGGAGCUCGGCGCUAGACCCAAACAGAACGGGUCUUGCAACUCGCUGCGGGCCAUGGACGUGGACCCUCCACAGAGUUUGGUUGAAGGAGUGAGUGACUAAAGCUGAGAUAACGGUUCCAGUGCUGCUGUAUUCAUUACCUCAAUUCCCCCGCGCUUAAAUUAUGAAACACCCACUAGCCACAUAUCGGUCCACCAGUCUAGGCAGCUUCAGGUUGUAGGGUGUACAGGCAUGUCGCGGUAACAUAUACUUCUUACUCCAGAGAAUAUAAUAUGUUAACAAUGCUAAUUUUCAUCAGAGGUUGAAUCGGUGUUAGCAAAUCAGUUGUACUACAUCAAAACCAUUUGUAAUGAUACAAUAACAUGCAGAUAUCGCUACUAUCCACACUUUCACAAGCAGCCCUGUCUCUACACUGUGUUAUGUCUGAAGUAUCCACUGGUCCAUUAGUCAAAGAGAAGCACUCAACAUGAAUUAUUUGCACUAAUGAGUUUAACAUAACCUGAUAGCUUGUAAAAUGCCCCAGCUAAUGCACUAAUAUUGUUAUUAGAGAUAAGUCUCUGUCGCCGUCACAUUAUUGCAGCAUUGGUUAGUUAUAUUGGUGACAGUUGCUAUGGAGUUAUAAAUGAUCCAAAACCAUGUUACAUUUUCAGUUAUUUCACAUCUGAGUUAGCUGCUGUUUCAGGUACUUUAGAUAACAUUUUUAAAUGUUUUCUAAUGAGAUUAUUUUAGUAUCAUUAGUGCUGUUUAAUUAUUGGAGUGUGUUCUUAAAUGCUUUUAAGUUACUGAUUGUUUUAGGAUUACUGUGAUGUUUUUCCCCCUCUAUCAUGUGUACUUCUUCAUAAAUGGUUGUCAAAGUUCUGGCACUGACACAGGAGUAUCAACAUUCGUAUCUUCCAUUAAUGGAUUUACAUUAGCACAUCCCUGUUUAGAUCUGUUAGCAUUCUGAAAGCCAUAAAAAUCUGCUUUCCAAAUAUCUGUGUGACCAGUUUAUCGUGAGCUGUUUUUCAUCGUCUUGCAGUUGUCCUAACAAUCAUGUAAAGCUGCAGUCAGUCUUAUAUUUUAUACUUUAACCUUGACAGAGUUGAUGCAGUUAGGGUGGGUUUAACCAAAAUUAUGAAUUUAAGUAAUUUUGUUAAUAACUUUGAAAUAAUCUGGCCCUAUACAUAAUGUUGCACAUUUGUUAUUUCUUAUAAUCACUAGGUGGCGCCUUAAUUCUUCAUAUGUGAGAAUAUCUUUUUACAAGCAUGGUCAUGGUCUGCAGUGACAGGUACAUUGUUAAUAAUUAUAAUUAUUUAAUUCUAUAUCUAGCUGAAUAUUUCAUAUUAAAGUAUUCAAACAUAAAAUUAUAUGUGGGUAAAGAAAAAGACAACACAAUCAUGUUGAAAACACGUCAGUUAUAAACCAGAGGUGGAGGAGGACACAUUUGUAGUCCAUUAGACCACUAAAACAAAAACAAAAAAAAUGUCCACUCCACUGUAGACCACUUGUAUAUUAAAAUCAAUGCAUGUGUACUCUACCCAUAACUCUCUGCAGUGUAUUGAUCAACAUAGCGUCAAUCUCAGCAUUGUUUGAUGGUGAUAGUAGUGUUUUGUUCUUUAAUAACAUCCUUAAUAGUAUAAGCGGCUGGAUGUCCACACUUCUGUCUGGACGUUAUAACAGCAGAAAAGUUAAAAAUAUAUAAACAAAUGCAAACCAA